AUGCAUCGUUCGAUAGCGCCGCUGAGGGUAUUGGCUCGUGCUGGCUCCAGAAACAGCGAAUAUGCACGGGUGUUGGCCCUUCGUUCUCCCUCGGCCAGCAGGUUUUCGCGGAAGAAAAAUAUUUAACAUCAGAUUGAAAAUAUCUUUUCAAUCUAUUAAAAUCAUUGUCUUUUUGUAUAAUGAUAAUUGUGUAGGUUGAAUGCGCGGGGCUGUUCCUCCAGUUCUGGCGGGAGCAACGAUGGCAACGGCGGCGAUCUGACCACACCGACCAACAAGCCGACGACCUCUUUGGGCAAUUGCAAGCACUGCUCCAAGCCUUUGAAGCCUCUGCCAACGCUUACUCGUUGGUUUUCCAUUUCUCAUUUCCCGGGUUUUUCGAGUUAUUCGGAUAAUUUUACAGCGUUUUUUUGAUGCAAAAAAAAAAACUUGCCAUCAUAACCUUCCCGAUAAAAAUUAGAGGGAUCCAGGUAAAAGUAAUUUUUCAGCUUCUUCGCGUUACAUUCACUGUGACAACUGCAAAAAGCUGUACUUGGCUAGUUUCGCGGAGGAAAACUCAAAAAAUUGGAAUAUCAAGAAUGAACAGCGAAAAAGUCCGCCGUAUCCUUCACAGGUAGGUCAGACUAGCCUGAUAUUUGAAUAUUCCAUUUUGAAUUCUACCUGUGGCUACCGACAUUCUUACGAAUUUUAGAGAGAUCCCCAUAGGAGUUACGGAAAAAGUGGUCUCUAUGUAAAAGGUGGAGGUGGUCCCUUCAGGGGUCUUUCAAUUUAAUCCAAAAAACGAUUUUUUAUUCAUUUUUUCGCAUGGAAUAGAGCUCAUAGAAGUUAUAGACUAGGGUGCCCCUAUAGGGACCACUUUUGCAAGCUUUAGUGACUCCUCUAGGUGUUGGUAAAAUGCCCGCUCCAAGGGCCCCUAAGGUUGCGCCUAUACCACUCUGGCGACUCUAAAGAAUUAUCUCUCAAGAAAAUUUUAGUUUCCGAGCUUCAGUUCUUCCAAAACGCCUCAUUGAGUAAACGCUAAAUGAUUUAUGAUUAUUGUUCAUUCAGGAUCAGCUUGAGGCUCUAAAUGAGAAUGUUCACACAUUCAGAUUUAGUUCCGAAAAAGAGAAGAUUUUUGAUCUUUCUGAUGUUUCUUUGCUCCCAAGCUAGUAGUAGAUGUAGUGGCAGGCCUCAGAUAUCUUUUCCGGAAAAAAGGCAGCUUUUAGAUUGCCGAGUACUUGGACAAGUUUGUCGUGGGCCAGAAACAGGCGAAAAAGACGCUGGCAGUUGGAGUUUACCAGCAUUAUCGACGUCUCGAACACAACAUCGAGUCGGGUGCGGGUUCGAUCCAUCAGUCGGCCGCCCAGAGAAACGCCGCCGAGGACUCGAAAGUCCCUCGCGGAGUUCUCUAUCAGGUCUGAUCUUUUUCAAGUUUAAAGUAAUAUUUGAUCGUAAAUGUGCUUUUUUGACUAGAAAAGAGUAAUUUUUACUUAAAAAAUUAAUUAAAAAUUAGAGAGAGCCGAAAAAAAUCAGAUCUAUGGGAAAAUCGAUCAUUCAAUAGGAGUUAUCACCUAAAAUGAUGGUUUCUUACCUGCAGGACGAAAUGCGCCUUGGGCAAAUGGCAACUAACGAGCUUCGACCCACUCCCUACAUACAGCAGGUACCUUUUAAAAUUUUUUUUUCCAGUUAAAAAAGCCUUCUCUUGAAAUUUUUCGCAAACUUCUAAAAAAUCAUCGAAAUCGUCUUAGUAACCCUUAAUUCAAUUCAAAAUUGAUUAAAUUGGUAUAUUUGAAUUUUUACCUUUUUGUUAUGGUUUUUGAGGAAAUUGAAAAGAAAUCUUGUUAUUUCGUCUUUUCCUCUUGACCGAGGUUGUCCAGUUUAAUUUUUUUAAAAAAAUAACGUUUUGAAUGAGAAAAAAAGUAAAAAGCAAUUAUUGUCAGCUUUUUGCAUGGUUGUACUUAUUCGAGUGAGAACUCCGUUGAUUUCAGAACAUUUCAAUCAGCAACGCGGGCGCGGUCCAACAAGCGCCGGUCAGUCGAAGGGCUCCCCCAACCUUCAAAUCCUUGCCGGAGAACGAACCGACUGUCCGACUCGAAAAGUCCAAUAUUCUACUCAUCGGUCCUUCCGGAGUCGGCAAAACCUUCCUCACACAAACCCUCGCCAGGUUUUCGCUUAUUGGGAGGAGAAAAAUCAUGAAAAUCAAAAGAAAUACAAUCAUUUGAGGUUUUUGGUUAGUCUACUAUGGCUUUUCUAAAUGAAUGUAUACGGUUUUUUUUAUCCAUUAAUUUUCAUAGGCAAAGUCGGAAAGGGUGGAAAAAAGGUCCAUAGGAAUUUUUUUUUUUGCUGCUUUUCCCUUUUCCCACCAUUCCUUUAAAAUCUCAUAAAAUAGAAGUCUUUCAUUCAUCAAAAGUUCUUCUGUUCAGAGUUCUGGACGUUCCGAUUGCUUUGUGUGAUUGCACUUCCAUGACACAGGCUGGAUACGUCGGAGAAGACGUCGAAAGUGUCAUUCAGGUGACUGAGCGAUUCUGAAGCAUAUUUUUAUUUACGCUUCAGAAAUUGGUCCAAGCAGCUGGAGGAAAUGUCGAACGGGCACAGCAGGGAAUCGUCUUCCUUGACGAGAUUGACAAGGUUUUUGAUAGUAGACUCGCAGAAUCUGUUCACGAUUCCUGAAUUCGUAGUAAAAAAAAAGGGCUUUUCUCGUAAAUUUCUACUGUAUUACGAUUAUUCGAACGCCACGCCCAUUUUUUUUCUCCGUAAAGUUUGGUGUGUUGUGUGCACGCACUGCGCCGGGUUUGCGCAGAAAAAUUGCGUUUGUGUAGAGAAAUCGAACGUCUUUUUUUUUUAAGAUUUUUUUUUUCUUUCCAAGAUUUUUUUUUCAAAAUUUCAGAUCAUAAUUUAAAGAGUGGAGACAAGAAACUAUUCCCCCCUUCUCUCAAAAAAAAAAAUGCGACAAUUUCUCCGCUUUGAAGAUUGCCGCUGCACAAGAAGGUCACUCGGCAGCGUACCGCGACGUGUCGGGCGAAGGCGUCCAGAACGCCUUGCUCAAGCUGGUCGAAGGGACGGUUGUCAACGUGAAGAGCGGCAGGAAGAGCGUCGGCUCCCAACAGGACACCGUCCAGGUCUCUGGUUCAUCAUCUCUUCCGACAACACGAAAGUUCAGGUCGACACUUCUGACAUCCUUUUCAUCGCCUCGGGAGCUUUCAACUCACUCGACAAGAUUGUUGGUCGACGUCUGGACAAGAAAUCUCUUGGAUUUGGUGAGAAGACCUCUUUCAGAAAAGUGAAGCAUGUUCUAUAGGCUCCUCUUCUGGUUCAAUGAGAGUUUCGACGGAAGAUUCGAAUGCCGUGGCAAUGAAAAAGAGAGACGAACUGCUCUCCAAAUCUGACCAGGUUUUCCCCCCUUGAAAUCUUCCAUCUCUUGAUUGUCAAAUUUCAGGGCGAUUUGAUCAAUUUUGGCAUGGUCCCAGAACUUGUUGGCCGUUUCCCUGUUCUGGUUCCCUUCCACUCUUUCGAUAAGCAGGUUUCCUAAGAAAUGGGCCUAACGUCUCCAACCGUCUUUAACUCUCAGAUGCUUGUUCGAGUUAUGACAGAGCCGCAAAAUUCGCUUCUCGCACAGCUCAAAUUGCAAUUCGCCAUCGACAAUGUAUGUCCAUAAGCGUUGAAGGGAAAAUAUUAUUUCUUUCCAGGUCGACCUUUCGUUUUCAGCAGAAGCCCUUGAGCAAGUGGCGCAGAACGCUUUGGAGCGGAAAACUGGUUAUUUUGCAUCCAUAUAGAGAAGUGAUAAAGAUCGUUUUUUAAGGAGCUCGAGCGCUUCGAUCGAUCCUUGAAGCCGUUCUUCUCGACGCAAAGUUCACAGUUCCUGGAAGCGACAUAGAGUCGAUCCUCGUUACGAGGUGAGGAAAGACUACUUCAAGAAGGAAAAAACACAAAACGGUUCUAGAGAAGCUGUGCGCGGUGAGAAUCUCGUCGAAUACACAAGACGACAGCGAGUGGAAGAAGCCGCGGACGACGAGGAGGCUCAGAGAAAAGCGGCGUCGGCUUGA